UGUCGAGAGUUGAUGGAGUGAGUCACUACUUUUGGCCAGGGGUACGGAGGGGCUUGGAGACACACAGGACAAGCGCGUGAACGAAACACGGGAACAAGAGCAGGGCUGGACAAAGAGAAGGGAAGCAUCAAGAGAUGUCGUCGGAGAGCAAGUCGUACGUCGUUGACUUGAUUGGGGAUGGUCAGGCUGCGACUUUGGACAGGCUGCAAGAGGAAAAGAUGGAGGUGUGGUGUAGGGGUCCACGGGUUUAUCCCCCACCCCCCCGGUCACACUCACACAUACCCUCCGUCGCAGUCCCGGUCUUUGCUCCUAGGUUCACUGAGGUGCUUGACGGUCUGGGACUUUGGUGUGGAUGGGUGGAGACCCGGAGGUGCUGUCAGCUGCUGUGGCGCAGACCAAUGGAGGCUUCCGGAACCGAAUCCACUUUUCCCGAUUUAGCUGGAGUCGGCGAAUCACCUCUGCCCCGCUCAGCGACCGGCACCGCCUGCUCCACUUUCCGGCAUCGACUUUGGGAAUUACGAGCCACUUUUCCCCGACGCACCAUCCUCCCCCCUCCUCCCCCCUCCCUCUACGCCGACUCGUCUCAGCUGGGAGACUGUCACCCUGUCUCUCUUUCCAUCCUUUAGAGGCGGGGGAAUCUUUCGAUGUUUCCCUCUUUUUUUUGACAGCUUUCAGUAUGGAUGAACCCUCCCUGAGCCUUCACCGCAUUGUCACGACGGACAAACAGCAGGGGCAGGCGGCGUCUAACUUACCUCUCUGGACCACACUUUGCCUUUUAUCCAUGACGGAACGAU